UAGGACCCCGUGAAGCCUCCAGUAAUUUGGUCAAAUAUUAGCUGGUUACAAAACCAGCAGGUGGAACGAAACAUUAUAUUUCACAAAACCAGACUUUGUUGUAAAACAGAAAGAAGAGAAUAUGGACAUGACGGUCAGCCUUCCCAGUCAGCCAGACAAAACCACCACAGUGACCCUGGUUGAGAACAGCAGCGCCCCUGGCGGGCUGGAACUGGUUAGUUCCUACCAGACCAAUAGAGUGGGCGACCCCAUGGACCUGGUGGCCCUGGCAGCACAAGUACAGAAGGGAGAUGAUUUCAUUAAAGCCAACGCCUGCAACAAACUGACUGUCAUUGCUGACCAGAUCAGAUACCUACAGGAACAGGCGAGAAAGGUUUUAGAAGAAGCUAAAAGAGAUGCUGACCUCCAUCAUGCUGCCUGUAAUAUUGUGAAAAAACCAGGCAACUUCUAUUACCUCUAUGAGCGGCCAUCAGGACAAAAAUACUUCUCCAUCAUCUCACCUAAGGAAUGGGGUCCAAGUUGCCCUCAUUCUUUUGUUGGUGCAUACAAACUUCAACAUGACAUGUCCUGGACCCCUAUAGAUGAGGUUGAGAAGAGGGACUCGGAGAUUGCCAUUCUGGACAAACUUCUCAGCCAGCAGACUGCCUUACCACCCUCCACAGGACCCAACUUCAAGGGGCUCUCUGAUUAGAGGACUGCUGGACAAAAGACUGGAAUUUUAUAAGGACACUGUGUGGAAGCUAACUCUAGUCUUAAUGGACAUUCUAUUAAAGUGACAAAAAUCCAUACAUGGGUUGGAAUCUGAUAUCAAAGGAUCUGUCACAAAGCAUCUCAGUGACUUUAAGUGCAUAAUCUCCUGAUCCUGAAACAGAAAGUUGUAGAACUUUCUGUUUGUAUACAUAUCAGUAGCUGAUAUUGGAUGUACACGGUCAAAACCUAAAGGAUGCUGUUUGAAAUCUGAAAAAUAUCAAACUGGGCUACUCUGGCAAGCCUGAGCAUUGACUUUUUAAUGUUUAAAAAUGUUUACUUUUAUUAUUAUCUUUUAUCAAAUCUGUUUCACCCUUUUGGUUAUCUUUCCAUCAAUCAUCAUGGCUAUGAAAAGGUGCCCUGACAUUUUUUGUAAACAAACAAAAGUUCUGUUUAUAUUCCAUGUUUUUCACCAAAAGGCAUUGUGUGUAUCUGGGAGGGGGGUUCAUCAACCCGAUAAAAAGCAGUCUCUGCAAAACUUUAA